AUGGGUGUGUUUUAAAUACUGACUGAAUGUUUAGCAAUUCUAAUUAUUUAAUUAGGAAGAAUUACCGUUUUAAUAAUUUUACUAUUAUUGAUAUAUAGUUAUAGAUAUUAAAUUGUAAAAAAAUUACAUUCUACAAUUAUAGUAAAUGCUGAACCAAUAAAAUUGGAUAAAUUAUCAAACUUAUCUCAUUAUGAUUUAACGUAUGAAUCAACAAUGUAUUUAUAAUGA